AUGGGCAGCGCCCCAACGUCAAUAACACUAGCCAACACGAACGCGGCACAAUGGAACAGAGACCUUAUGCUCGCGUUUCAGGCUGCGUUGGAAAACGAUCCUGCAGCGGACCUGAUGUCAAUAUUCCCUGACUUCUACCUCCAUGAACAUCGAAACGCUCAAUAUGAUCGCCUACCUAAAGCUGCUAAGAUCAAUUUCCUGUUAAUGGAAGACCUUCAUGAUACUCUGAGACAGGAACCAGAAGCCAAUUUGCUAUCAGCGUUCCCAAAGAAUUAUUCUCGAAGAAUUGGAAUAGCGGCGAGACCAAGAACCGAUAGAGACCAGAAAUUUCAGGAGGACAACCCCCCUGAGUUCAGAACUCGCCUCGACCUUGCGGAGACUGCUACCAUCAUCUAUCCUCUGUCCCCAAGGGUGAAUGCUCUGCUUGCAAAAUUUUCAGGGCUGGGAGAUCAGCCCACUAGUGCUGGAAAUUCGCUUAUGUUGUCCCUGAAACGACUGCUUUGGACCUCAGAGAAACUCUGGGAGAACCCUGCCAGAGGUGUGGUGGUUAAGUGUGACGAAGACAUUGUUGCAAAAGUCGUGACUGGAAACAACGAUUACACGGAGUACACGAGCAUGCAAUACCUUUUGGAUCAUGCACCCGACAUUCCUGCUCCGAGGCCCCAUGGACUGGUGGCAUUCGGUCCCUUCCGCGUCAUAUUCAUGUCGUACAUUCCGGGCACCACCUUGGCCCAAACAUGGCCCAGCCUGCUACAUGAAGAAAAGCUCUCGAUACAACGCCAGCUGGACGAUAUAUUCUGCCGUCUAAGAACACUCCGACAAGAUAAUGAUAAUGCGCUUGGUGGAAUCCGUGGAGAGGGAGUUAAAGAGCUUCGCGUCGAUGAAUGCGCCUCAUUCAAGGGUAUCACAACAGCGAAGGAAUUUGAGGAUCUGCAAUUUUCCGCUCAUCAUCAUGGCAGUACCACCUAUGUCAGGCUUCUCCGUUCUUUUCUAGAACACGAUGCGUCGACACUGGCGCGCGGUUCAGUGUUCACACAUGGUGAUGUCAGAACUACCAAUAUAAUGGUACAAAAGGAUCCCUUUUCCAACGGCAAAUAUGUUGUUACUGGAAUUAUCGACUGGGAGGAUAGUGGUUUCUAUCCCUUUUACUAUGAGUGCACUGUGCUGACACGUAAUUUGAGUUUGGUGGAUGACGAUGACUGGUAUCUUUAUCUGCCAGAGAGCAUCUCUCCGUUGAAGUUUCCUGUGCGGUGGCUGGUCGAUCGGCUCUGGCAGAUACAUCUUAAGACUACAUAG